CUUCCUUCGCUGUUUAUGGACAGCUCGACAAUAAGCAAAAGGGCUUCCUAUCUCCAUGCAGUACUAUUAUGCCCAAGAAGGGCAGUGAUUCGACGGGCUGCCAGAGAUUCAAUGAGGAAGCCCAAACAGUGUGUGUUUCCGGUGGUGUUGAGGCGCUUCCAUUUAAGAGUGCAUCACCAGCAAGCAAGACGACAUCCAAGAAAGGGAAAAAGCCAUCAAAACAGACACCUGGUCCAAAGGCCAAGAGGUUAAUGAUGGGCAACCCGCCACUUCAGCCAGUACUCGAAAAAGACGUACCAGGUGCUGAAGAUUUCAAGAAGAAGGACCCAAAAGAAACAGAGGAGACCUUAGAGAGUGACACAUCACCGACCAAGGAAGCUGUGGAAAGCGAGGCAUCACCCACCGAGGAAGCUGUGGACAGCGAAGCAUCGCCGACCGAAGCAGCAUCGGAAAACGGCUCAUCGGAACCCGAGACAUCUAUGAAGAGCGGCUCAUUGGACACUGAGCCAUCUUUUGCCAGUGACCCACCGACAGAAUCAGGCGACAGUUCGGCAGCAGAAAGCAGCCCACCGAACAAUACAGGCGAUAGUUCCGCAGAGGCGGCAACAGCCACGGAAGAGGUCGAACAAUCUUCCAUUACUGACAGCCCAUCUGCUGCUACAUCUGCAGUCGCUGAAAAGUUCCCAUGGUCAAUGUCGUGCAAUUUCCCUAAGAAGGCAGACGAUAAAAAGUUCAAAGUCACUGUCGCAAAGAACAAGAUCAAGAAGGGUGUCACUGGCAAGGAGAAGAUGCUCUCGGAGAAAGACAUCGCUGCCAAAAACAACAAAGGCUUUGAUCAGGACAAGGGUAAACUGGAAGGUGACUCCGCCAAAAGCACGUCAAAGAGUGGUAGCAAGACCAAGAGCGGCACAACCAAGUCUUCUGCCACAAGCAAAGGAAAACAGAGCGCUACCAAGACUAAUAGCGGCGCGGUUACGUCUUCUACCGGCAAACCCAAAGCGAACACUUCCAAAGCCAAUGGCAGCAAGGUGACGCCUGCUCCCACUCCCAAAGGAGACGAUAAAGGAAAAGGCAAGGGGAAAGGCAAGGGCAAAGGGAAGAAGAAUCCGAAGCGAAGCAUUCCAGUCCCGCGAAAGUACUUGGAACGGGCGGCCGAGUUGUAGGACGUUGUCGGUACUAGUCGUACCAUGGAUCAUGGUGGAGUUGCGAAAUCAUGAUAGAAAGUCUCUUUGGACGCGGCUAUAGAGGGGAGGUGGAUAUCCGCUCGAAUCGUUACAGAACUACUCGGCAUCGCGGGUUUGGCGUUAUGGUUAGAAGGUUGUUCCUUUAUAGAAUUAGAAGAUAUAGAUUGGGGCAUUAUAGACUGGGACAUUUUAGACUUAGAUAGCAUAGACAUAGACAUGAUAGAAAUAGAAGGGCCUUCAAAACUGAUUCCGUCCGAAUUCCUUGAUUUCGGACUGGUACACUGCACUUUAUGAAUAUUACUACGAUCACACAUUGCAGUUGAACCGGACUGAAAGUUGCGUAACGAUAGAAUAGUUAUCUUGCAGUGGGGAGUUAGUUUUCGUGGCUAAAAUGAGUAGAAG